AUGUCUUCUAAUUCUUCACAAGAUCAUAAAUUAUGCAUGAUUCCAGGUCCAGUGGAAUUUCAUGAUGAUGUUUUAAGAUCGAUAGCUACACCUGCAACAUCUCACGUUUCACCUGCUUUCAUCAAUGCGUUUAGUGAAUGUUUUGAGCUUUUACGCAAAUUAUUUAUUACAAAGAGUGCUCAACCAUUCGUUGUAUCUGGUUCAGGCACGCUGGGUUGGGAUAUGGUUUCUUCUAAUUUGAUCGAACCUGGUGAAGAUGUACUUGUUUUACAUACCGGAUAUUUUGCGACUCAACUUAAAGCAGACAUCGGUGAUCGACCAUCACUUGAAGAUAUUUCUUCGGCUCUUGAUAACAAAAGAUACAAAGCCAUAACAAUUACUCAUGUUGACACAUCAACCGGGGUGCUAUCUGAUAUAAAAAACAUUGCACAACUAGUUAGACAAAAAUCACCGGAUACAUUGAUAAUUGUUGAUGGAGUAUGCUCUGUUGGAUCUGAAGAAAUUCGUGUAGAUGAAUGGGGGCUUGAUAUUGUGAUGACAGCAAGUCAAAAAGGAAUAGGAGUACCACCAGGAUUAUCCAUUUUGCAAGUAUUUAAAAAACGUAAAUCACCAAUUACAAGUUAUUACGCUUCAUGGGCUAAUUGGCUACCAAUCAUGAAUGCAUAUGAAACGCGUAAAGGAAUGUAUUUCGCCACACCGCCAGUUCAAUUAAUAUAUGCACUUCAUGCAAGUUUAAAACAAAUAAUGUCAGUGCCAAUUGAAACACGUUUUGAACAACACAAGCAAGCUAGUGCAUCGAUUAAAAAGGCUGUUGAAGAAUUAGGGUUAAAAUUUGUUCCUAAAUCUAAAGAAACUUCAGCUAAUGGCAUGACAGCUGUAUAUUAUCCUGAUGGUAUAGCAGCAACUGAUUUACUUCCUAAAGUUUCUUCACAUGAUGUUGUGAUUGCUGGUGGAUUGCAUAAAGAAAUAGCUACUAAAUAUUUUAGAAUCGGACAUAUGGGUGUUAGUGUUACUGAACCAGAACGAAAACAUGUUGAAAAAACCAUUGAAGCAUUACGUCUUGGGUUAAAAGAACUUGGAUAUUCAUGUAAUAAAUAA